AAGUUAAGUUAUUUAUAUAUUAAUUUUCGUAAGUAUAAUAUCAUAUUUAACACACCAAAUAUUUUCCUUAAAAAGUUCACAAAUUAUUGAAGAAAAAUAAUAAUUGUUGAGCUUGAUUUGAGAUUUAAAAAGUAUGAUUUACUUUUUUGAUAAACCCAAUACGAAUUUAUAUUGAAAUUUAUUAACUAUGAAAUGAAAAAUGCUAUCUUCAAUUCGAAGAUUGUCAAUUUUUUCAAUUUCAUCAUUUCAAUCUCCAAUUUCACUUCGCAAAUUGAUCAUAAUGGAUUCUUCAUCUUCAUCAUUAGUUGAUAAAUCUUCUCAGAAAUUGUUUGCUUUAGCUCAACAAUUGCGUCUAUACAAACCCCCACCGCCAUCACCAUUUGGGGACGAUGAUGAAGCUGAUGCUGAUUUCGAGGAGCAGAAAUUGGAAGAAAGGGUAGGGAAGGUUGUUUCCCAAUUGGGUUUUCAAGAAUCGGUAACCCCAGUGUCUGUUGUGCAGAAAGAAAGAUUUAAACCCAAAAGAGCUGCUGUUUUGAUCUGUUUAUUUGAAGGGGUUGAUGGGGAACUUCGGGUUAUUCUUACUAAGAGGUCUUCCAAGCUUUCUACUCACUCCGGUGAAGUCGCAUUGCCUGGAGGAAAAGCAGAAGAAGGAGAUGCAAGCGAUGCUGAUACUGCAACCAGAGAAGCAAAGGAGGAGAUAGGACUAGAUCCUUCAUUGGUUAAUGUUGUGACUUGCCUUGAGCCAUUCUUGUCUAAGCAUCUUCUUAGAGUAAUUCCCGUGAUUGGGAUUCUUUCCAAUAAAAAGGAAUUCAAUCCCACUCCUAAUGUUUCUGAAGUAGAAGCAGUUUUCGAUGUCCCAUUGGAGAUGUUUCUCAAGGAUGAGAAUAGGAAAUCAGAAGAAAGAGAAUGGAUGGGCGAAAAGUAUUUGAUUCAUUUGUUCGACUACGAGAUGGACGACAAGAAAUACUUGAUCUGGGGUUUAACUGCUGGGAUUUUGAUUAGAGCAGCAUCAGUUGUGUACCAGAGACCACCUGCAUUCUUGGAACAAAAUCCUAAAUUCAAGCUCCCUAAGGUAGUGGACAAGAAUACUACAAUGAGUUAAACUGUAAUUGAUCAUUUUUUUUCUUGUAUAAGCCAGCUUGUGUCAGAAAUUAAAUGCAUUACAAUCGAGUAUUGAGUAUUGUGUAUUCUUCUAACCAUAUGAUGUAAUAACAGAAUUUAAGACCAUGAAUAAUAAAUUUUACAGCAUUUUCCCCUCUCAAAUAUGUGCACAGUGGAAUAUUAAGGCCCUAUAUAAAGCUUUUUCUUUUA